GGCGAGGUGUUGACAUUGUGGAAGAUAUCCCGUACGGAGAUGGGUGCCUACAUGUGUAUAGCUUCCAAUGGCAUCCCACCAACCGUCAGCAAGAGGAUUAUGGUCAACUUCAUCCAGUGAUCCACGUUCCCAAUCAACUAGUGGGUGCUCCUUUGGGAACAGACGUGACGUUGGAAUGCAACGUGGAAGCGUAUCCCAAAUCUAUCAACUACUGGGUUAG